AUGUUCAAACCAUCACCAUCAUCAUUAAUGCGUAAUUUCAAGUUAUCACUAAUCCAACUGGGUGGAACAACACCUGAUAAGACGAAGAAUCUCGACAGAGCGAGAAAAUUGAUAUUAGAAGCGUCCACGAAGUCUGAUUUGGUCGUCUUGCCUGAAUGCUUUAAUAGCCCAUAUGGAGUCAAAUACUUUGAGAAAUACGCAGAGAAUAUCCCAACACCUGGUAAACCUACUGGUGAGCUCAGUGAGUCGAUAAAGAUGCUGAGCGACGUUGCGAAGCAAGCAAAAGUCCACAUAAUCGGUGGAUCUAUCCCAGAACGCGAAGAAGGUACAGGUCGUAUAUUUAACACCCUUACUGUGUAUGACAAUGAGGGAAACCUUAUCGGCAAGCAUCGCAAAUUGCAUCUCUUUGAUAUCGACAUACCGGGCAAGAUUUCUUUCAAAGAAAGUGAGACGCUCACUGCUGGUUCUGACAUCACCAUCGUUGAUAGUCCAUUCGGCAAGAUUGGACUUGGCAUUUGUUACGAUGUUAGGUUCCCAGAGAUGGCUAUGAUAGCAGCACGCAAGGGCUGUAUUGCUAUGAUUUAUCCAGGCGCUUUCAACACAACAACGGGUCCAUUACACUGGGAGUUACUCCAGAGAGCUCGUGCUGUUGAUAAUCAAUUUUACGUCGCUAUGUGCAGUCCAGCAAGAGACGAAACAGCAGAAUACCACGCCUGGGGUCACUCUACAGUCGUCAAUCCAUCCGGUCAAGUCAUCGCCACCACCGACGAGCAGGAAUCAAUCGUAUAUGCAGAUAUAGAUGUCGAACAACUUCAACAAAUAAGAAGUGGAAUACCAUUAUCUUCCCAACGUAGAUAUGAUGUAUAUGCUGAUGUUUCUAAAUAA